CGUGCAUCGACUGCUACGCUGACCCGAGGCGCGGGUAGGCAACUACAGCGACGUCGAUGGAAGCGAAACUGGUGGCGCUGCAGCGGCAGUCGCUUCAGCAGAACGCAGUCCGGCAUUCGUUUUCCACCGCCAUAGCGUCGAGGUUCUUCGUGGACGGCAGUUUAGCAAGGCGGCAGCGGCUCAUGGAGAGCUCCCACCGACGACAAGAGCGUCUGCGUGACAAGACACAGAUUGAGCAGCGCAAAGGCGAGUGGUUACGCAGGACGUACGAGGAAAAGAAGCAGCUUGAGGACAAGAAACGAGAGCGGGAUCUGGAUCGGUCCCGUCGACGAUUGCACAACGCAAGCGCCUCCCGCAUCCAGCGAACCUGGCGUAGGUCGUAUCACAAACGACUGUACUGGCGGCUGCUAAACCACGCCGCCGCCCUCAUCCAAGUGGCCAUGCGGGACUAUACGCUCCACCAACACGCGAUACGGUUUCAGAGCGCGGUUACCCUGCAGCGGUGGUGGCACCUCGUUUUCUUUCGGCGACAGCGCCGGAUUGCACAAGACCGCAUUUUGAAUGGCAUGUAUCACCACGUGCUACAACGGCGGGGUCGGCGUUUUCGUCUCCAGUUGGCCGCGGCGCUGAUUAUUCAGCGAACGUGGAUGCGGUACUGGCACGGGAUCAAGGCCGCCGCCGCCGCCACGAUACAGCGAUGCGCAAGGCGUCGCCAGCGGAAGCGGCAGAUGAAACGACUAGCCAGCAUCCACCUGCAUCUUCAAACGAUCGAGCGGAUGGAUGCUAGCGCACGAGUUCUUCAGCGGAACAUGGCUCUAUGGGCAGUCACAGCGCGGCUGGUGUCGGAUGCUGUCUUUCAACGAGUCCUUCAGUUGACAAAACAGCCGAAGGGCCACAGUGUCGUGACCGACGACGUGCCCCACGAAGGGCUCGCGAAGGCAGCCGCCGACGAAGUCAAGUUGCAGCGACUGAAAGCCACACUGCUGCGAGAUAUUGACGACCUGCGACGUGUGCGAGUGCCCAAGGCGACCCAGCAGCGCAACGACGAACAGGAGAGCUUGCGGCGGCUCAAAGCGCUGGAGAGCCAGCGGCUGGCCAAGGACAAGGAGCGCGAGGUCGAACGACUACGGCAAGUGGAGGACCACACCAGGCGUGAAAUUCGGUGGGAGUUGGAGAAGCAGCUGGACCACCAACGCCGAGUAAAGAUGAAGCAGGGCAAGGUGCAUCGAGACAGUAACAACGCAGGAGGAGGGGCAAGUGGUACGAAGGGGCGAAUAGACUGUCGCGUAGAAGUCGAGUAAAGGGCGGCUAUGUCUGUCCCAAACACUCGCUUAACUUAUUCAAGGACGAUCAUAUAGGGCCUUUUGUCUGGA